AUGAGUGUAUCUGAAUAUAGUAGUGGUCGCACAGUCCUCACUCCUCUCCAGCACAUUAGAGAGGCCUCAGAUCUCCGUCGGGACGAGCGAGAGGACUCGCCCGUCUCCCGGCACCAGCAUCGACUGAUACCACGUGGACACGAUACUGGUUCAUUCAGUAUGAGAAGUCCAUCAUAUCAUUAUACAUAUACAAGAGACGGAGUCGUGAUGCGAGCCGGUCCGACCCCGGGGCCUCGCGGACGAGACAGGGGUUCACUUAUUAUACAAUGA